ACUUCCAAAGCUCCGCAACAAAAAGAUGCUUGCGAAGGUGAGGGAAACGUUACGGAAGAGUUGGAAUAUCAAGCCGAGUCUUGUGAAGAUGGCGUGCCUGAAUUGAAAAUGUCAAAAAAGAAGGCCAAGAAGUGUAAGAAAAGGCGGCAGCACGAGGAGGUGUCCUGAUGAGACGUUGACAAGAAAACGAAAGCACGACGAUAACAAGGCCGAUGAAGAUACUGUUGAUCCGGUGAUGAAGAAAGGGAAAAAGAAAAAAAAGAACAAAAGCAUCGAACUGGCCAACUGUGAAGAUGUCGUGGAACAGCGGGCGUUCAAAAAUAAGAAAAAAACUCAGGAAAUUGAGGACCAGAGUGGAGGUGACGAUGCAUCAUCAGAGGAUCCAAAGCGUCAAGAAACUAAAAAGAAAAAGAAGAUGCGAAAAAAAUUGGGUGACAGUGAAACAAUCAAUGACUCGCAUGGUCUCUCAGACACAUAUGGGGAUACGGGGAAAGAUGAAAACACAAAUGGUGUUAAAAAGGCAGUGGUGUGUAAGCGAAAGAAAAGGUCAAAGUCUGAAAGUGAGGGUCAUAACCAGAAGGAAUUAGAUAAUACGGGUGAAGGAGAUGUGCAGUCUGAAGCUGAUCAUGCUGAUAAUGCCCACCAUUGCUCGGAUGAAAAUAGUGACACUGUCAAACGGAAGAAAAAAAAGGGUCAACUUCAGUCAAAUUCCGACGAUUGCACAGACAAUCUCGAGCAAUGUAAGAAAAAGAACAAAAGAAAAACAAUUGAACAUGACGAUGCGACGGGUAAGGCUGACGUCAAGGCACCGAAAUCAAAAACAAAAAAGCGCAAAACGAAGGACACCAACGCGGACGUGGAUGUAGCGGGCGAAGAGGACCAUUUGCUUGCGGCCCAUGAGCACCAGCCAAAGACAAGGGGCAAGAAAAAACAAUCGCCUGUUGGCGCUUUGGACGGCGAAGCUCCGUGUAAACCCAACGAGCGCAAAAGGCCACGGAAAGCCAGCAGCAUCUCGCCAGAUGCAUCGGGGAGCAGCAACGAAUGUCGAGCAGGGACCGGAUCCAAAGGGGUGAAGCGUGCAAAGGCUGGCGGCAGAAAGAAGUCCAAUGACCCUGAUAAUUUGGCAGAGAAUGAGCAGACGGACGGCAGUCCGAGAGAUCAAGGAGAAACCAGGAGGAGUAUGCUGAAGAAAGUCAAGGAGUGCGUCGUGGACAAUGACGUAAAGUUCGUCACCAUAAAACCCGGGAAUGUUGAAGAGGAGAAAUUUGAUUUGGCCAGAAGAGUGGCCCUGCAGACGCAGGUCGACAUCAUGACGGGAAAAGUGUCUCUGGACACGAACAAGAGCUGCGGUGACGACGGUGGUGACGGCGGUGGCAGCGGCGGUGGCAGCGGCGGCGGAGGAGGCUCCAGCACGGCCAGAGCCACGCAGUUUGGCCAGUGGGACACUGCCUGUCUCGGGGACGCCACGAAGCAGAACAAGUUCCUGCGGCUCAUGGGCGGCUUCAAGAAAGGCUCCGGACACUCCGGGUCCGAGUUGGAGUCCGGACCGGGCGCGAGCGGCAGGGCAAACAUGGCGCUUGGCGGCGAGAGCGAGAACCGGCUGAACUCGGCGCUAGAGUCCCAGUUCCAGCAUGCCUUGCAGCGCAAGAAUUAUCAGCAGCGCGGCGUCGGUCUCGGCUUUCAGGCCGAUGCGAGUGCUAAGAAGACGUUUUUUAUCGACAAGGCGAUGAGCCGCUCCCUCAAGUUGGAGUGAGCUGCCGUCACUUGCGAUUUUAGUUUUUAUUCAAGAGAAAAAAAAGUUUUUUUAUUAAUGAAUGUUUUUACUUGGAACUCUCAGCUGUGUGUAUGUUGAACUUCUUUCGCACUGUGACUAGCCAACCGUGCUAAUCGGAGGUGCGGGGGAAGGACAACAAACUAUACACAAAAAGGAGUUCUGAAGAAAUUAGUUUUCAAUUUAGAAAUCAUUGCAGCCAUCCACUUGAUGAUUGUGGAUUGUCCGUACUCCCAAGAAAGCCAGAGUACCCAAUGAAAAUCCACCACACCCACAAUUGGAUAACACCAGGAGCUCUGCACAGAUGGAUGUAGUCUAUUGUUUACUGGGCCAUCUCCUUGCCCACCUCCUGGCCAUUUUCUUUUUUUAAGUGACAGUUGCUGAGCACAGAGCCAAGUGACCAGCAACAAAACACCACUACUGAAGGUGAAGCAGAUAAGAAUAAAUUUCUUACAUGAAUUCUAUGAACUUAGGAGAAGAGACAAUAGGGAAUUCCAAUGUUGAACAGUGGGAGGAAAGAAACGGAAGAGCGUUAUAGGAAGUGUUGUAGGUCACUGUUGAGAUACUAGCAUCUUGCACAUGUGAUUUUAACAUGUCUUUGAAAUACUGGGAUAAUUCAUGUGUGGGGUGGCCUGGUACAUGUUUGCUUAACUGUUAUUUACAUGAAUACAAUUUAGCUCAUCAACAGCGUGUUAUGUUAUUUAUGUUGAAGUUAAUGUUAUCAAAACAUUAAUUUUGGAACAGUCCAUCAAUAGUCAUAGAUUGUACUUAACUGGGACUGCUUGGCAUGUAACAUUGCAGUGCAUCGUGGAGAUGCGGCUGUAAAAUGUAUGAGCUUAAUGACAUUUUACAUUUUUAGAGGUCUCUAAAACAAACUAUAUAGAGAAUACUUUGAGGUGGUGUCUUGCAUGGGCUUAGUCUUGCCAAUAGAACAGGGCUGUUCUACCCCGACCUUUCUAACUUUCUGAUCCAAUUAGUUGGGAGCUUCAAUAAAAUUAAACUAAAUACUGAACUUUUGAUUUCACCAGGUAAGGCCCACUGAGGUAUAUGGCUCUUUUUCAGAAGUGACCUGGCCACGAAUGAUUGCUCAACGAAGUGGCUUAUCAUGUGGAAAUGCAUCGCAGCCAAAUACUCUGAACCAGUGGUUCUUAACCUGGGGUGCACACCACCCCCUGCGGGUGCGAGACAUGGCCAGAUUGUUUUAGAAGGUAAAUAAUCGAAACACAAAUUAAGCUCGGGCAUAAAGUUUGUUUCAUCAAACCUAUGUUUAUUAACAUACAUUUUUUUAACGAUUGAGAGCCAAAUGGGUGCAGUAAAGGUUAAUAACCACUGCUCUAAACGCGUGGAUUCUAAAUGUGGAAGGAAUAAUUUGAGGACCCAUAGAAAAUGCCACGCGGCCACAGGGAGAACGUGCAAACUCCAAAUGUACAGGCGUCAGGGUUUGGAUCGAACCCACGACCUAUAUACCAGUCGAGGUAGUUAACAUCUCGCCACCGUCCCACAAUUACUCUGCUACAGGCCUGCAUUUGAAUUUAUAAAACCAAUGUUAUCUCACGCGCAUGACAUGCCCGCUUGUAUGUGUAUAUUUUAUUUCGGUAUCAAAACAAGAAAAUUCAGAACGGCCAUCCUGUAAUAAAUAUUUUUAUUUUUAAUCUACGUUCACAUCAGGGAUGGUAAUCUAGUUGAUAAACACAACAGGCACACAUUUUGGCUUUGGAGCUAAAGGCAGCGCUCCAGUUUUGGGUGGGCACAAUGCAACAGCAUUUUGUUGCUUUACAAGGAAUCAGAAACUGGCACGGUGCCCUUGCAUAAUGAUAGCAAUUCUCAAGGAUGAAGGUGCUUCGAACGGAAUCGACACGAAUUGAGGCUGUGUGAAUAAAAUACAAAAUAUGUACAUGUACCCGUAUUACCCAUGUUAUUUACUGGUGCUGCUGAAAAUACAAACGUCUGUUGAUUCUCGCUGCGCUGCAGAGGUUCUGCAUUUUUUAGGUUGACGCAAGCGAUGUUGUCCAUAAAGGUUUUUAGGUUAGACCGCGUAAAUGUGUCGGUAAACCACCACCACCCGACAGCCAAUUAGUAUGCUUUGUCACCUGAACAAAACGUGCCAAUUGCUACUUUAACACACUAAUGUGUUGGAGAGUCAACCGACAAGAUUUACGACAUUUACGCAAUUUAACCCAAAAACCUUCAUGAAUAAUAUUGAUCGCGAAAGCCUACGUGUUAAACUCACCGAUGCGGUGUUUGUGUGCGUGGAGGGAUUGCCGCAUGAGAGUGAGUACUCUCGUUUAGCUGAAAGGUGAACGUGGCAACGGGCCUGCACGGCCAACAAAAUGUGCAUUCUCUUUGAGCAGCUGGCCUAAAGCCAUGUAGACGUCCUAUGGGCACGCAGUCUGUGGUGCUCGGUGAUGGUUCGAGUGUCAAAGUUUUCUGUCGAAGUCCCCAGUCAACAUUCACUCAGUUGGAAGUCGCUUAUUCUCUCCGUUGUGCCCAUCGUCUGGAACUCCCUGAAGUUUAUUGUGGUAUCAACUGCCUGCCCCCAUUCAAGUUCAAGCUCGGUGCCUUGUUUUUCUUCUGCCUAUGGCCGAUUUUCUUCCCUCUAAAAAACAUGUCCUCUGUUUCUGUACAGAAUAUUGAGAUGUGUUGCAUUUACACCUAUGCCGUCUUGUGUUGUAAACAGGCUGAUGGUGUCGUGCCUUCGCUAUUACCGCAAUGUCUGUAUCCAGACUCAAGGGAGGUAUGCGGUGCGAGAUGAGUUUCAGUAAACGAAGUUGCGCAUUCUGGAAAUGCCCGUCUUUGGUCUCCCUUCUCCACUUCUUCCCCGGACCACCCUGCGUGGAAAACAACAUUUUUAAAAAUAUGUAUAUACUCCUUUACAUGUAAUGUUUCCACAAUUGUAUUCCCAUUUUGAUAUCAGCAUCAUGUCCUGCGACUGAGUACCCAGUGUCAGAAAUGUACAUCCAGAAGUAAUGCUCAGCUGCUGUGUGCUUAAAGACCUUGCUUGUGUGAGAAUGCACAUUUAACACAACACAGCAUCACACAGCUUUGGAUUGUGUCGUCGAAUAUUGAAGUGGUGGAGGUAACUCGUGCGUCGCUGAUCGUGUGCGGUGAUGCGUAUGGGGCUGUUGGCUUGUUCUUAGGGUGACGUGAUAACGGCUGACUCAUUCUAAACUGAACUUGGGCAGCAGAUGUUCUGCACUUGCCCUUCAAGUGUUGGGGCAUGACUUUGUCGAGUGCAUGAUAAUGGUGCUUUGUCAACCAGGAGUCAUGCCAAGAUGGGUCUGAAUUUGUAUUUCUUUUUGAGAGACGAAUCUUUGUGUAACAAAAAUACAAUGUUUUGGAUGUAUAGUAAUUAUUCGAACUGGAUGUAUACUAUUAUUUAAAUUUAAACAAUAAAAUAAAUUGCAGCUCA